AUGCCUAAAAGUUGGCCCCCGUCUCCGACUGUCGAGGACGAAGUAUCUUCUCUGGCGAAGGAAUUUGGUGCCGAUUCUACAGACUCUAAUUCUAGUCACGGAAUUCCUCCUGCCGAAUCGCGUGGUCUGGUUGAUCAGUACCCACUGAUCAUCGAUGUGGGUGACAAGAGCCACGAUGCUACGCCGAAAGUAAAGGAAGACUUCAUCAAGCCUACUAGGCUUCCUACUCCGCCGCAUGACUCUCCAAGUCGAGAACGGCGACCUGGAGAGAGCAACACCUCACGUGAAGAGAAACGCUUCGUUCAUAUCCCGGCAACCUCUGAUAAUGAGAGAGAAAUACCACAACCGCCCAGUCGGCCUCGAUCUAAGUCUACCAUUGGCAUCGCAGCGGAUGAACCUGCCCGAGGACGGCCUCAUGUUCAUCGUAUCAACACAGAUAUUGGAGGAGAUCUUCGCGGCAUGAAAACCGGUCAGCGACGAGCACCUUCACCCUAUGCCUACAGAGUCGCAGCUAGCAACCUUCUCGCCUCGGCAUUUGACGACAAAUCCAAGGUCGAGCUUCUGUCGCCUGGAUCUGCCGCCACGCCAAGAGCCACUGAUGCGGGGCGUCGGGCGCGAUCCAAGCGUCCUCACCGGUCAGAACCAAAAGCAGGUGGCAGCGAUACUGAUAAACAGGAGUCCUAUCGCCGGCAUCGAUCCAAAAGCAGGGUUGAUCGCGGUAGCUUCUCCAAGCAUCCCGGGUCGAGCGGUGAUGAGAGAACUACCACUUCCAGGCCGGAAGUGUUGGGCGACGCAAAGCGAAGGUCUGAACGAAGUCUACCUCGGGACCGACGGCCAAUCAUUACCCACAGAUCAGCACAUGGUAACAUUACACCGCCUCAAACGCCCGGGCAUCCAAAAGAGUCGCCAUAUGCCUCCGCCGCGGAAGAUUCAGACAGACGCAGACACCAUGAGCGUCGUAUGACUGAGAGAAGGCACUCUAAAGAGUCACCAUAUACCUCUGCCAACGAAGGCCUGCCUUCACGCCGGGAGUACGAUGAAAAGACUGGCACUCGUUCUCGAAGGCAGUCCGUUCAUCGCCGCGAGAGACCGCACAUCGAUCUCUCAGACCAGCGUCCAUUCGAACGGCCUGAUUCGACGGCCCCAUCUGUUCGCACCCCUAGGAAUCUCGAGGCCGAUUUUGAGAAGGCUUUCCGAGAUAACCAGAAGAAAAUUUCGAUAUCGUACGGCAGCAAUGAGGUCGGUCCCUCGCCGUUGACUUCUCCGCCUACGAGCCCGCCGAGAACUCCUCGUGGCGAGCGCAAAGUCGCUGAUUACUUCGGGGACGCCGCAACAAGCUCAGCUGCAACGAAACAGCGGUCUAGGCCUCCUUCGUUGAGUGAGAACCCCAUGAAACCAAUGACAACAUUGCUGGGAGCUGCUACCUAUGGCGCCGCUACUCUUGCAUCCAAGGCGAUCCCUUCCUUGUCUAGAUCAUCUACUACCUCUGGUGAGACGUACUCUAGUUGUGGAUCGCAAGGGUCCAUUGCCAGCGGCCAGCGUUCGAGAAAGCCUUCUCCUGUUUACGAAGAUCCUCGACCGAUGUCCCGGGCCGGACCAGUCUCUCGUGCAGGGUCGACGGCGUCACAGGACGCUCUCCCAAACCGCGCCAGUACCUAUCCAGGACGUGAAGAGCGACCAGUUUCGCGCAACGCAACUGCACCUUUGGCAAUUCCACAUCCGCCUUCUGCUCAACGAGCUUCAUCCUACAGUACGAUCCCAGAGCAAGCUCACUUGCGACCUUCCGCUCGUCGGACAUACUCGACCACGAGCGGCACGACGAUCAGUGUGGCCAGCUCUGGGCCGCAAGGACGUGUGGCGUCGUCGAACUUGUCACAAUCUUCAUAUACGGCCUCUUCUGUUGACUUAUCAACACCGACCGAAAAGCAUACUGCUGUGUCUCCGACUGCCGAACAGAAGAGGCCCAUCAGUUUCCCCAUGUGCCCUCGGCCGUAUGCAGCCACAGGCGUACAGGGAUGGUACACGAUCUCUGGCCUGGCGAACUUUGAUAUUUGUCCUAACUGCAUGCGUGUUCUUGGAGAGUCGUCAUUACGUGACUACUGCGUCCCAAGCCAGUGGAAACUUCCAACUGAAGCAGUCACUUGUGCACUCAGCCGUCCUUGGGUACGAAUUGUAGUGGCAAGAUGUCUCAAGGACGGUGUACCCAACGUGGGCCUUCUUCAGAGUUUGACGACCCUCCCGCCCGAUGUAUACCCCUGUCCUGGUAGACAGCCGGAGGUCCGGCGAUGGUAUCACGUUGUCGACCCAAAUACAAAGGUGCCCGUACAGGGCUUCAGUAUCUGCACUGCGUGUGUUAGGUCGGCGGAAUUGGUGUUUCCCGAACUCUGGAAGGAGAAGGUUUUCGACCGCCCGGAUGGAAAGUUGGCCCAAGAGCGGUACUGCAAUCUCUUCUCAGGCAGCAAGCACUUCUACAGCAUUGUCAACGAACUUGAUCUUCUUGCGAGGUACAGCAAGAAGAAAGACCUCCGGCCGAAGGACAUUACUGCUUUCGGCGAAUUCGUGCGGCAGAAGGCAAGGACUCGCGAGUGUGCAAAAGACUCUAUGCUCGCCACCCCGCUCUGGCACUUUAUCAGCAACCUUCCGGAGUUCACCAUUUGCGAGGAAUGUUACGAGGAUGUGGUAUGGCCUUUAAGGGAGAAGCCAAUCGCCAGAGAUGUGAGCAUGACACUUCAAAAAGUACCUGUGCAGCGGCCAGCGAACUACGUUGCGGGAAUCAGCUGUCAACUCUAUAGUGAAAGAAUGAGGAGAAUUUUCAAGGAUGCAGUGGCAAGAAAUGACAUGGACGGUCUGAAGCAUGCAGCAUUAACAAGGUAUAACAUCGAGCAUAGAUUGCAAGAGAAUCAGCGGCGCUAUGAGAUGGACCAACGGGCUGGCUAUGACCGGCGGAUUGACAUCCAGCGGAAUCUGGACUAUUGGAAGCAAUACGAGUAA